AUGGCCAACCACCACCCAACUCAAUCUCAACCGUCUGCCCAACCCGACACCCCCAGCCAGCUCCAGCCCGCCUCCCCCGCCCAGCUGGGCCAACCGGGCCAGCAGAGAACCACCCGCGGCCCCCGCUCCCUGGUCACCAUGGCUCUCACCAUCGCCGUCGCACACCUCUCCCGCGUCCCGACCCUUAAAGGCCUCCCGGACUUUCUCAUCUCUCAGCUGGCCCGCCUGGUCGUGCAGCGCGGGCACCCCCUCACGCUAGCCACGCUGCAGCAUUUCCUGCCGUACCUCGGGCAGCGGCACACCCUGGCGCUGCCCAUCCGGCUAGAGGAAUUGGAUCUAGAAGGGGCGGGCAAUCUUAGCGCACGGGCGUGGAUCCGCUUCCUUGAGGGGAGGGGAGGACACUUCCUGCGCAAGCUACGCGUUGGCCCUGGGUGUGGAGGGCUCAACAAUGAGGUGUUGCUUGUGCUGGCGGAGAAGUGUCCGGGGUUGGAGAGGCUGAAGAUUGUUUCCUCGGGGGGAGGAGGGGCGAUCACCGAUGUUGGGAUCGCUGCGCUGGCCGGGUUGACUCGGCUCAAGAGGCUGAGUCUGUGCAUGGGACAGAUGGUGAGGGUGUCGGUGGACGUGGUGAUCGGGGUUAUUCGCGCGGUUGGGGCCCAGCUUGAGACGCUCGUGCUGGAGGAGUUCUUUAACGCGAAUGACGCCGUGCUGGAGGCGAUCCACGAGACCUGCCGAUGUCUCCGGAAGCUGAAGAUCACCGGAGCUCCGUGCCUCACGGACGGCGGGCUUGCCAAGUUAUUUCGAGAUUGGGAGAACCCCGGGCUGGAGUACGUCGAGUUCUCGGGGAGGAAGGAUCAGUGGGUGUCUGGGCGGUUUUAUGGUGGGCGCCUGGAGGGAUUGUGGCUGGACGGUUUUUACGCGCUGAUGGCACACUCGAGGACAACGCUGGUCCAGCUGAAGGUGGGGUACUCGCGGAAGUUAUUGGAUUGGGUCAUGCCGGAUGUGUUCGACAAGAAGCGGAACGAGUGGCCGGCGCUGAGGAAGCUGGAUCUACGCGGAGUUUGGGCUGCUACAGAUGCUGUGGUCAAGGCGGCCUUCAAGAGCUGUCCCAACUUGGAGGAAGUCAUUGUGUAUGACUGCGAGGACGUGUAUAAGGUAAGGCCUCCGCCAGGGAAGACGAUUGUGGGGCUUGUCACCAGGAGAGGUAGUUACUGGGGUAGGCACCCGAAGAAUUCGGGAGUUGGCUGGGUGGCUGCUGAGCCUCGGAAGACGAAGGAGUUCUAUAUCCUUUCUGUGGGAAAUGAACUUUAA